UGUGAUAGUAAUACUAACACGAGUGACAGACACUUUUAUGCUGGUAUUUAAACAUUGUCUGACUAACUAGGCCUAAUAUGACUUUAGAAAGAUUUGUCAAUCAACAUAUACAACUCCUUGAGAAAGAACGAGAAACAGAGAUAGAAGAAACAAGACAUCUAAAUGAGAGUUUACCACCUAAAGAGCUCCAGAGACGAGGUGUGUGCUUACUGAAGCUCCGCAUAAAGACACGUCGUACUGGCUUCUAUGGGAGAACAGUCAUCGUAUUUGAACCUGGAGGUGGAAAUCAAGAGUUACCUGCUCAUAAUCUUUCACCAGGUGAUAUAGUGGGUUUGAAUGCCAGUUCUGCUCCCCCUGGGGAGGAGGGUCUGGGGUCAGGCAUCGUCACUCACGCAGGGAAGUCGGCCAUCAGUGUGGCCUUUGAUGAGAAGGAGGAUUUGUUCAACCUGAAUGAGGACGACCAGUAUAAACUCACCAAGCUAGCCAACGAUGUCACCUACAAAAGACUGAAAAAUGCAUUGAAUAAUCUGAAAAAGGGAGAUUUUGGUUUGUCAAGUAAACUUGUUAAUGUGUUAUUUGGGGAAACAAACCUUUCUCCUCCUUUUAUUACUAAAGAUGUACACUUGGUUAAUAACCAGUUAGACAAAUCACAACAGGAUGCUGUUCAGUUUGCUCUUGCUCAGCCCGAGGUAGCUAUCGUUCAUGGUCCACCAGGCACAGGGAAAACUACAACUGUCAUAGAAAUCAUUAUCCAGGCUAUUAAACAGGGCAACAAGAUAUUAGCCUGUGCCCCAUCUAACAUUGCUGUGGACAAUUUAGUGGAGCGACUGGCCAGUCAUAAACAGAAGGUGGUCAGACUGGGUCAUCCCGCUCGCGUGCUACCACACAUCCAAAAAUACUCACUGGACGCCAUCUUGUCAACUAGUGAAGAAACUCGGCUGGUGGAAGAUGUCCGCAAAGAUCUGGAUAAAAAUCUGUCAUCAAUUAGAAAAACCAGAGAUCGCGGAGAAAAACAGAAAAUUAAAGAAGAUAUAAAGUUUUUACGAAAGGAGCUAUUGCAGAGAGAGGAGGCAGCAUCCAGGGAGAUCCUGAAACGAGCUGAUGUUGUCCUGGCAACGCUCAGCUCAGCAGAUAUAAAAGGACCAAUCAAAUACCUGGAUAAAGAACACUUUGAUUUAGUCGUGAUUGAUGAAUGUUCACAGGCAGUUGAGGCAGCCUGUUGGAUUCCCCUUUUGAGAGCUCCACGCUGUAUUUUGGCAGGGGACCAUUUACAGCUCCCACCAACUAUACUGAGUAAAGAAGCUGCCAUUGCUGGCCUUGAGAAGACCUUGAUGGAGAGAGUCCUUGACCUUUAUGGUGACAAGGUCAUGAGGAUGUUGACCACUCAGUACAGAAUGCAUCAACUCAUCAUGCAGUGGUCAUCUGACCAGUUGUAUGAAGGGAAACUCACAGCUCAUAGCUCUGUGGCUAGUCAUCUUCUGAGGGAUAUAGAAAGUGUUGAGGAAUCAGAAGAAACAUCUGAGCCUCUACUGUUGAUAGACACUGCUGGGUGUCAGCUCUACGAACUCGACGUUCCAGAGGAAAUCUCCAAAGGAAAUGAAGGAGAGGCAGAUAUUGUCAGUAACCAUGUUGAGAAGCUGAUUAACCUUGGAGUAGAUCAACAGGAGAUAGCAGUGAUUGCCCCUUACAACUUACAGGUUGAACUGUUGAGAUUAAGACUUUCCAGUAAUUACCCAAAAGUAGAGAUCAAAUCUGUAGAUGGAUUUCAAGGAAGAGAGAAAGAGGCUGUGAUUAUUUCACUAGUCAGAAGCAAUACAAAAGGUGAAGUAGGAUUUUUAGCAGAAAAAAGAAGAAUCAAUGUCGCUGUAACAAGAGCAAGGCGCCACCUAGCGGUGGUGUGUGACAGUGAGACUGUGGGACAUGACUCCUUCCUUAAAUCUCUAGUAGAUUAUAUGUCAAGUCACGGGGUAGUGAAGACAGCCCAGGAAUUUGUAGAAGCUGGAGUAGUGUAUAACACUUUAACAAGACCAGACCACCUUAAUGACCUCUUGACCUUACCAAACAGCAAUAAAGGGACAAAACCCAAGUCUGCCAAAAAUCAACAGAAAUCUCAAAACAAAAAGAAACCAGUAAAAACAGAAAACCUUGAAGCUCCAGUUACAGAGAAAUAUCACAAAACACAAGAGCAGACAGAUGAGAGGAUCAAAGAAUUUCAGGGGUAUCUAGAUAAAUUUGUACAGGAAACCUCCUCAGAUGAGCUGGAAUUUCCUUCUACCUUGAAUUCUCAUGACAGAAUGCUUGUCCAUGAGUUGUCAGAAAAAAUGGGAUUGGUUCACAUCAGUAAAGGAUCUGGAAAAGACCGCCAUCUGGUUGUGUCCAAACCGGGGAGUAAGAAUUCUGGUUCUACCCAGUAUACUGUGCCGUCCAGUUCUGAGACUUCUGUAGAUGAAAGAUCUGAACACAGUGAAAAUGAGAAGCGAUGCUUAGAGGUUGAUACAAGGAUACAAGCUCCAGAAGAGAAGAUAGAAGUCCCUAUUCAGAAAGAGCCUGAUAAAGUGGUGUGUAGACAUUGUAGCAAGUCUGUCAUCAAAGCUAACAUCCAACUACAUGAGACACACUGUCUGAGAUUACAAAGACAAAAAUCUGCUCCAACGUCUGCCAAUUCAGGAGGGAAAAAGCAGAAAGACAAUACACCAAGAGCUCCGAAUGCUCAUGCCGAUGUAGUGGCUAAGCUUGAGAAGGUGGAUGGGGAUGAUUUAGAUAGCUUGAUAGCUGCUGUUCAGAGUGUGGAUAAGGAGUGCAGCUUUAAGAAGUGUAAGACAAGUACUCAGACCCUGGGGCAGAUGUGUGAUUUCUGUAGGAGGAGAUUCUGCCUGAAUCAUCACAUGCCUGAGAUUCACGGCUGUGGGGAAGCAGCCAAGAUUCAUGCCCGAGCCACCAUUGUUAGGGAGGGUGUUCUGUACAGGGGAAGUGGGGUACCUGAUAAAAAACCAGACCCAGCACGCAAGGCGCAGCUACAGAAAAAGAUGGAUAAGAAACUGAGUGAAAUGGCUACCAAAAGACAAGGAAAGAAGCCUAAGAAAUAAAUUGUGAUAAAUAUUA